GCCCUGCUCGGCCGCAAACUCCGCCCCACGCCAUCCCAUCUCACCAGCCGCGUGCUCUACCUGCCCAGCCACAACGAUAAAGUCGCACACCUGCCCGUCUACGACUUCACCGCCGAGUUUGGCGAUGUGGUGCGCGACGAGCCUGUCGGCGGGAGCAGGUUCAAGACCAGGCUGGGCCUCAUGGCGAAACCUGUGGGGGACGGGAGGGGUCCGAGCGAGGUCUCUCUCACCACGAUGACGACGGGACUGGCGACCAAUGCCACUGUGCAGAAGCGCAGCCUGUACGGCGGCGGCGCCGAGGUCGGGCUCGCUAUCCCACCGCUGGCUCCGCUUGGACCGGACACCGAGGACGGCGCCGUGGCCUGCACCCUGGCCCCUCGCUCGACGACCAUCAACAUCCCCCUCGUCACGUUGUUCCCUGUCGAGCCGACCACCUCGAGAUUCGGCUCGAGCCGCAAUCCCUGGUUCACUUUCACUGUCCCCAGCCUGCUGGACGACGAGCGCACGCUGCAGUGGCAGAUCCACCCGGUCGAGCAGGGCUCCCUGCGCUACACCCUCGUUGAGAUUCCACACUCGUCCGAGGAGGAGAACGAAGGCCGGAUCCGCGCCAUCUAUCACAAUGUCGGCCUUGGGUUUUCACUUGCUCAGCCUUUUAGCGAGGGCGCACUGCUAUUGCAGGACGGUCUUGAUGCUGAGCUGGAGGCUCUUAUCGUUGCGAGCCUGUUGGGCUUGCUUUGGCGGGUGCGG